UCAGGGGCGGCGCCGCAGCAGUUACCCCUGGUAACGGGGGAGGCAGGAGGAGGAGGCGGAGGAGGAGGAGGAGGAGGAGGGACUCGGCUUGAGGAUGGGCUUGCUCUCUAUUUUGCGCAAAUUGAAAAGUGCACCAGACCAGGAGGUGCGAAUCCUCCUCCUGGGCUUGGACAACGCUGGCAAGACUACUCUGCUGAAGCAACUUGCAUCUGAAGACAUCAGCCACAUUACACCUACACAGGGAUUUAACAUCAAAAGUGUACAAUCACAAGGUUUUAAACUGAACGUAUGGGACAUUGGCGGACAGAGGAAAAUCAGACCAUACUGGAGAAGUUAUUUUGAAAAUACUGAUAUUCUUAUAUAUGUAAUUGACAGUGCAGACAGAAAAAGAUUUGAAGAGACGGGUCAGGAGCUGACGGAGCUGCUGGAGGAGGAGAAGCUGAGCUGUGUGCCGGUGCUCAUCUUCGCUAACAAGCAGGACCUGCUCACGGCGGCCCCCGCCUCCGAGAUCGCAGAAGGCCUCAACCUGCACACCAUCCGCGACCGCGUCUGGCAGAUCCAGUCCUGUUCCGCGCUCACCGGCGAGGGCGUGCAGGAUGGCAUGAACUGGGUCUGCAAGAAUGUCAAUGCAAAGAAGAAAUAAAAGGAGCCGGAUGGCGGCGGCGCGGGAGCCGGGGCCGAAGUGGGCCUGAGGAACACUGGGUUGCUGCUCCGACCAAAUGCUUUUCCGUCUGUGCACAGCCACCGCUGUGUGGUGGAGAGGGGACAGCAGCUUGAGACGAAUCCCUAUCCCAGCAGUAGGUUUUAACUGAUCUCAGAGGUUCAGUGUCGUUUUCAAAUAAAGGAAUUAUAUUAUUUCCUCUGCAUAAUUGAAAUAGUAUUAAGUGCCUCAGAGCACGUGAUUAGAAACGAGCAAGCGCUCGCACCGCAGCUAGCCGGUUCCAAGGGGCUGUGCCAGUCCCUUUAUUUACUGACCUGUCCCUUCACUCCCUUGGUAGUUGGAAACUGUGUUUGGUGGUGCUGGGCAGAGACUUCUUUCCUCAUCUGCAACGGAGCCAGGAAGCUGCCACUGGGGGAAGUAAUGGGUAGUUGAUGAUUGAACUGUCUUGUCAGGUAGGAAAGAGUCUGUGUGUAAUCCUCACUUUUUGACAGAAAAAGAAAAAAGAAAGAAAAAAAAUCUUUGCAAACAAGUCACUACAGAACCCUCCCCACUCCAGCCCCUGCCCCUACCACCUUCUCCCUGUCCCCUCAUCCCUGCCAGCCACACAGGGAAGCAGAUUCUUAUGACUUUUAACUGUAAUGACAUCUGGAAUGUAAGGAGAGCUGGGAGGUUUAAUUCCAGAAAAAUUACAAGGGCCUUUAAAAGCCCUCACAUGGAGGGCACAGGCUGGGGAAACAGGCUUUCUCCAGCUCAGUGGAGCAGGCAGCAGCGACUUCUCCACUGCAGUCCUAUAGAGGGGAUUUCUAAAGCUCAAAGAAUUCUGUGUUUAAAUGAUCACAAUAGGCCAAUGCUAUCAGAUUUUAAAAAUACACGCAGCUCUGCCAUGAACCUGCUCCACUGAGAAAAGCCGGGCGGAUCGAUUUUUGAGAAAGAGAUCAAUUCUUACAGUGCUGGCAACUGGAUGGUGUGGGAAGCUGACGGAUGGGAAGUGUCUGCAGCAGGGUGAGGGUGAGGGAGAGCAUGGGUGUGAUCUCAAGAAAGCUACUCACCGGAGCUGAGCUGAUCCUGCUGAGCUGAGGGGUGGUAAGCACCCUAUCCUUCCCCCUCUGCGAAAGGAGCAUGUUUGCCUGAGCCCUCAGAAAUCCCAGCCCCAAACCCCGAAAGCAGACCAGAUCAUCGCCUGCUCUUGAAUUAAACUCUGUGCUGGGCCUGAGCUCAGGGCUUUUCAGAGAAUAAAUAAGAGGCUAUCCAACGCCUGGUAGGUCCGAGGAGGCCAGCUGCCUCUCCUCCUGGGAGGUAGCCCUUUCCAAGCCCGCCAGGGUGUACAGGCAAACAGGAAGUGCCACAGAAGCCCCUGCUCCGUGGGACCCAGCUGAUUCUGGACUCUGGAGAGGGAGAGGCUUGGACAGUUUGAAAGGUGGCCAGGAUGGAAGCUAUCAACAGAGGCUGGGGGAGAGGUGUAGGGUUGCAGUGCACGGGCCUGUAAGGACUUGCGAGACAAAAGAAGGUGAGGUUUUUAAACCGCUCAGCUAGUUAGCCCUGCUGCCUCUCACACUGACUCCUAACUCACCCAAAUCCGGCUAGCUUUGAAGGGUGGCAAAGAGCUCGAAAGAAUCGGAUGUGCCCCUUCUCUGGCCACCAGAUGUAGCUCUGGCCCUUGAGAGUUUCUUUCCCUUACAAAUCGUGCGUCAGGAUGUUAUCUGAGGGGCCAGAAGCCUGCUUUGAGGUCCUGUUUUGGAAUGCUGCAGCAGGGGAUUCUGACUUUGGAAGAGCAGGAGCUGUAACGCACUUUUGGUCUCUUACCACCAACUAAAGGAACUAUUCUAGAGAGCCCCCUGCCCCCAGUCGCAGCUAGUUGGCAGAGCGACUCGCCCUGCUCUGGUCACCGUCUCUGAAAUGUCCACAUUUGCUUCCCAGCUAGAGACACCAGAGACAACUGUGGUUGUCACAGGCUUUUAUCUUCCACGUGAGCCCCGUUGAACCCUCCGGGGGCCCCGGAAAGAAAUGAGUGGAGCCUGAAAAAUGUAGUUUGAAAGCUCCCAUUUGUAAAAACAAAAUGCUUGUAAAGUCCCGUUUCCUUCUACUGUGCCACCCCUGCCCCCUGUGGCCAUGGCCAGAGAACAGAGUCUGAAGCUCAAAAGGGGAUGCCCCGCCCCUGUGCCUCCCCCCAACCCACUGAGCCCUGGUAAGACUUUUGCUCUGCGCACCAUUGCAUCUGAAUGUUCAGGGGCGAGGGCGAGGCCAGAGGGCAGGCGGAGUCCACAGUGUACACUCCGGCCAGCUGUGGGAAAAGCUGAGCCCUGCUCUCACCCUCCCUGUGUGGCUCCUUUUGGCUGGAUUCCCUUCGCCCAGUGCAAUACACCCUUUCCCCUUCGCUCUCCCUUGGUUACUAUGGAAACAAGGGUGUCAUUGAUGUGGGCUGAGCUGGGGAACAUGUCGGUGCACAGCUGAAAGUCAGCGAUUAUGCCGGCGGUUAGCUCUGCCCGGUAGAAAAGUCCCCAGCCUGAGAUGAGGCAGAAGGACGGUCCUGCCGACGCCCUCCCCACCCCCUCCCUCCUCCCGCCCCUGUCUCCGACGAUUCCUUUAUUCCCCUCCGGACUAAAGCAGUGGCUAUUUUUAUGCCAGUCUGUGCCCCCACCCUCACUGUUGGCCGCUCCUUAUCCGGCCUGGCCUGGAGGGUGACACCAUGUCACCCUCACCAGGACGAAUGUCUCCGUUCUCUUCCACAUGCGCUUUGAUUCCUCCUUCCUCUCCUUCUUCCUUUAUUUUUAGCUCUGCUCUCCAUGUGGUUUCGGGGUUCGGUGUGAUCCAUCCGAAGGUUCUUUUUUUUUUUUUUUUAAGUCCCUUUUGAAAAUGAUAAUCAAAGGAAGGGACGCGGUGUUUGGUCACGUGGAAAGCUCAAUGUAUAAUUUAGACGUCUGUCAAAAUGCAACAAAUAAAAUGUAGCUGCAACGAA